GCGACCCCGGCCUCAAGGAAUGCCGGGAGUCGGGACCAGGCAGCGCUCCGCCUCCUUCGGCUCUGCUACCGCCUGUCUGUGUCUGUGGCGGCCACUAUCGAUAAAGUUGUUGUUCUGCCAACAUGGCGGCGCCCAUGGUGACUGUCCGGGCCGUGUUCGCUUAAGGUGGGAACCGAGGAGUAAGGAGCCGCAGGCCAGAGCCUGUGAGCAGGCCCUUUCCACCUUUUGAAGAAUGGCUCCUUCUUGGCAGAGGCUGGGUUUAUAUGCCUGUCUUCUGAAAAGGCAGCUACACGAUGGGCCAGAUGUCAUUAAGUGGGGAAGGAGAGUGAUUCCAGGAUGGUCCCGAGGGAUUUACAGUGCCACGGGGGAGUGGACCAAGGAGUAUACACUGCAGACAAGAAAGGAUGUGGAGGAAUGGUGGCAUCAGCGAAUAAAAGACCAGACCUUCAAGGCUUCAGAAGCAGAUAAAUCAAAGCCCAAGUUUUACGUGCUUUCCAUGUUCCCUUAUCCCUCCGGCAAGCUGCACAUGGGCCACAUGCGCGUGUACACCAUCAGCGACACCAUUGCACGCUUCCAGAAGAUGAGAGGGAUGCAGGUUAUCAACCCUAUGGGCUGGGAUGCAUUUGGAUUGCCUGCCGAAAAUGCGGCGAUCGAGAGGAAUCUACAUCCAGAAAGCUGGACGCAAAGUAAUAUUAGACACAUGAGGAAACAGCUUGAUCAACUGGGCCUGUGUUUCAGCUGGGACAGGGAAAUAACGACGUGUUUACCGGAUUACUACAAAUGGACUCAGUAUCUCUUUAUUAAACUCUAUGAAGCUGGACUGGCCUAUCAAAAGGAGGUUGUUACGGAGCCCCGGUUUGAGUUCCUUGAGUCAUACAGCGAAUUCCCAUUGGCUGUGUGUUUUAUAUAUGGUGAUGCCUUGGUUAACUGGGACCCAGUGGACCAAACAGUGCUUGCCAAUGAGCAGGUGGAUGAACACGGCUGUUCAUGGCGUUCUGGAGCAAAGGUGGAACAGAAGUACCUCAGACAAUGGUUUAUUAAGACAACUGCUUAUGCAAAGGCCAUGCAGGACGCGCUGGCAGACCUUCCGGAAUGGUACGGGAUAAAAGGCAUGCAGGCCCACUGGAUUGGGGACUGUGUGGGCUGCCAUCUGGACUUCACGUUAAAGGUUGAUGGGCAAGUCACAGGAGAAAAGCUGAGCGCCUACACAGCCACCCCCGAGGCCGUUUAUGGCGCCUCCCACGUGGCCAUCUCUCCCAGCCACAGGCUCUUGCACGGGCACAGCCCUUUGAAGGAGACCUUUCGGAAGGCCCUCGUCCCUGGCCAAGAUUGCCUGACACCCGUGACAGCCGUGAACAUGCUCACCCAGCAGGAAGUCCCGGUCGUCAUCUUGGCCAAAGCUGACUUGGAGGGCUCUCUAGAUGCAAAAAUAGGAAUUCCCAGCACCAGCUUAGAGGACUCCGCCUUGGCCCAAACCCUGGGCCUGUCCUACUCCGAAGUCAUUGAAACGAUGCCAGAUGGGACGGAGAGACUGAGCGGCUCUGCAGAGUUCACAGGAAUGAAGCGGCAGGAUGCGUUUCUAGCCCUGACUCAGAAAGCCCGGAGGGAGAGAGUGGGCGGUGACGUGACGAGCGAUAGACUGAAGGACUGGCUGGUCUCCAGGCAGCGGUACUGGGGCACGCCCAUCCCAAUGGUGCACUGUCCGGCCUGCGGGCCCGUGCCCGUGCCUUUGGAGGACUUGCCCGUGACCUUGCCCAGCAUCACCUCUUUCACCGGCAAGGGAGGCUCCCCACUGGCGUCGGCUUCCGAGUGGGUAAACUGCUCCUGCCCUAGGUGCAAAGGAGCAGCUACAAGAGAGACAGAUACGAUGGAUACCUUUGUGGAUUCUGCUUGGUACUACUUCAGAUACACUGACCCUCAGAAUACUCAGAGCCCAUUCAGCACAGCCUUGGCAGAUUACUGGAUGCCUGUGGAUUUGUACAUUGGAGGGAAAGAGCACGCUGUCAUGCACUUGUUCUAUGCAAGAUUCUUCAGUCAUUUUUGCCACGAUCAAAAAAUGGUCAAACACAGAGAGCCUUUUCAUAAACUGCUGGCCCAAGGCCUCAUCAAGGGGCAGACAUUCCGCCUACCGUCUGGACAGUAUCUACGGCGAGAGGAAGUAGAUUUCACAGGUUCCGAUCCUGUUCACGCAAACACGGGGGAGAAGCUCGAGGUGAGCUGGGAGAAGAUGAGCAAAUCCAAGCAUAACGGCGUGGAGCCCGAGGACGUGGUGGAGCAGUACGGCAUCGACACCGUCCGGCUCUACAUCCUCUUCGCCGCCCCUCCAGAGAAGGAUAUCUUGUGGGAUGUGAAGACCGACGCGCUCCCCGGGGUGCUGAGAUGGCAGCAGCGUCUGUGGUCCUUGGUGACUCGGUUUAUCGAGGCCAGGACGUCUGGGCAGGCGCCCAGGCCUCAGCUGUUGAGCGACAAGGAGAAAGCCGAGGCCAGGAGGCUGUGGGAGUACAAGAACUCGGUCAUCUCUCAGGUGACUGCCCAUUUCACAGAGGACUUCUCGCUGAACUCUGCGAUUUCUCAGCUGAUGGGACUCAGCAGUGCCCUCUCGCAAGCUUCGCAGAGAGUUGCUCUCCACAGCCCCGAGUUCGAGGAUGCUCUGUGUGCCCUGAUGGUGAUGGCCGCCCCCAUGGCCCCUCACGUAACCUCGGAGCUCUGGGCAGGCCUGGCGCUGGUGCCACAGAAGCUGUGUGCCCACUACGCCUGGGACGCCAGCGUGCUGCUUCAGGCCUGGCCCACCGUGGACCUGCAGUUCCUCCAGCAGCCCGAGGUCGUGCAGAUGGCGGUUCUGAUCAACAACAAAGCCUGCGGCAAAGUCCCCGUGCCCCAGAAUGUCGCCCAGGACCAGGACAAAGUCCACGAACUGGUUCUCCAGAGCGAGUUGGGUGUCAGGCUCUUACAGGGGCGAAGCAUCAAGAAGGCCUUCCUCUCUCCGCGCACCGCCCUCAUCAACUUCCUGGUGCAGGAGUGACUGCAGGCCCACUGCGGCCCCUCCUCCAGGUCUGGGGCGAAGGAAGGAGUCUGGGGCCCCGGCUCAGGGAAAAGCCCAGUGUCUUGAAUGUCUGCCUUGGCAUUCUGAUGGGCUGGCAUCCGCAGGGCACCUCUGCAGUGUGAUCUGGUGCUGGGGUGAGGGUGGGUAGGGGCAGCGGAGAAAUAUGAGUGAAGUGGGGUGGGGAGCACAUACCUCCGCCAUUGCAGGUGAGGGAAGCAUCUAGCCCCAUGUGAAGCCCCCAGAGAUUUGGCCGGGUGGGAGCAGCAAGGUGAAAAGAGAAGCAGAUGAGCCUGAACAUGAAGCCUCUCUAGCAGCCUGGGCGCCUCUGGACCCCAGAAACUGCACUGCCUUCAGCGGGUCUGAGGAGCGUGAGGCUACACCGAGGAUGUCGGGGGGCUCAGGAGCAGCUCGAGCAGUCACUGUUGAUCGAUGAUGGAGCCUCAGCCUCAUGGCAGAGAGUCUCCUGCCUGCAGGCUGGAUCCAGAUAUCCACGUGCGGCAUGGACACUGGCGUCUUCAGAAGUCGCUUGAAGGAAUUCCCUGGCCAUCUGGUGGUUUGGACUUUCACUGCUCUGGACCCUGGUUCGAUCCCUAGUCGGGAAACUAAGAUCCUGCAUGGCUGGCACAGCCAAAAAGAAGACGAAGAGAAAUCGCUGGGAAUCAAGAGGCAAGCAGGGCUAGUCUGGCGGCCUGCACCCCGGCUCCUCAGCCCUGCCUGGCUGGCUGUUUCCACCCAGGCUCAGCUGGACCCACCUGCCCGGCCUGCUCUGAUGCCGAUCUUCAGGCCCUCGGGUGAAGCACUGCUUGGCACUGAAUGGGGAGCAGCCCCUCCCGACUGCCCCCUCAGGGUGUCACGUUUGCUGGGAAGUGAAGUGGAACCAAGCUGCUUCCAGCCUGGCCGGAACCCAUCUCAGAGCCCACCACAGCUAACAGGGCGUCUGCUCAUGUGCGCCCCAGAUGGCAGUGCCACCCUGGGUGUGGCCCCCCAGAGCCUGUUGUAAGGAAGAACGAGCCUACCGCCGGUGGGGGUGGGGGGCUGGUGCCAUCCGGGUGUUGCCUUCUGUGCUCCAGCCGCAGCAGCUGGCUGCCAGGAAGACCCCCAUGUGAUGUGUGUUAGGGUGAUCCUGGGUUUUGGUGAAGUCAGAGGUUAGGUGCUCUUAACAGAACUGGCCUCAAUCCACUGAGUACUGUUUAAUAUGUGGAGGGGAGGAGAAUCCAGACAUGUUGUGAUGCUGAAAAUCUGUAUUUGUUCCCUGAUGCCUUUUUCUGAAGUUGGCUCAAAUGUGGUCCCCUGCAGUUCAGCAGUUAACAGAUGAGUUUUUUUUUAAUGGAAUAAAAUGUUUGUCAUGUA